AUGGCGUCGAAUGGCGAACCCCAAACACAGGGAACUGACGGGCCAGCAUCUACACCAGCCGUGUCAGCCAGGCCCAGCGACUUCCAGGCAGAAUGGAACCAAUUGAUUGCCGAUUUCGAUCCAAACCAUCUGGCCGACCUGCGACGACGCGAACCUUCAUCCCAUUCGCUCUAUGAGAUUGAAACAAGCAUCAAUGAGCUGUACAGAAGUGUUCAGAUGGGCCACCAGUUAAACAGUCGAAUGGGGCACGCUAUAAUGAACGUUGAUGCAACUCGAGAACGUGCGAGACAGUUUGCAGCCAACACUUCCGAGGCGACUCGGGAAAUGAGGAGGGAACUUGGUUGGAAUGUGCGAGAAUUUGACAUUUCGCUUCUUCGCCAGAUACGGCGCUCUUCCGCGCUCUCGCUCGUGCUUGGGGCCGGCGCGUCGAUGGCGGCCCCUUGCCAUGCUCCAGGUUGGCCAGCACUAGUGGAGGGUCUUCUGCGCCAGACGAUUGGCAGAGUCAUGGAGCUUUGGCUGCCCAAGCCUCAGGACUUGGAGCAGCUACCUCCCGAAGCUCCACGAGGUCUUAUCAAUGAGAGAUUCCUCUCCAGAGACCCAGUCGAGAGCGCAAGCUCGGCCUGGACACCUACCUUUGACUUCAGCCAUACCGAGAAUGGCAUUCAGCGGGACUUUACGAUCGGCUAUUACAGAAAGUCAGCAAAAAGGUACAACGCUGAUGAAGAGGAGACCGCGGUCGAAGUACUGAGAUCCAUUGAAGAGGCUCGGCGGAACAAUCAGCCAGUUGAUGCUGAUAUCUUGAUGCGUGGCGCUGAUGUUUGUCACGAUCUUUGCGGACAGCGACUGUUUACCCUUCUGACUGCCCUCCUGUACGAGGGAGACAGGAUGCCGAGCGAAACACACCGCGCCAUUGCAAGGCUAGCACGGAGUCAGUUUGUCCCCGAAAGGAGGGGCCGCUUUAUGGGCUGGGAUGGCAUCAUCACAUACAAUUACGAUGAUUUCAUGGAGCAAGCACUUUCAGACCUACAGGUUCCCAGCGCCGCAAUUGCGAUGCGUGGGGACGAAAUAGCAGGGGAUCCGAACCAAUUUGCGAGAUCAGUCGGCCCAGGCGGACUCCACCUCCCCGUGUACCAUCCGCAUGGGUAUACACCAAACAGACCGUUCCUCAUCUCAACGGUACCAUACGUCUUCGCCACGAGUGGCUAUCAAUCGCAAUAUGGGCGGUCCGUCUCAAAGGUCCUAGAAAGCUUCAAGUCUUCCUACUUGGAGAACCCUGUUCAUGUCACGCUGUAUGUUGGGUGUUCAUUCUCUGACAGCUACAUGAAUCAAAUGCUUCAAGAUGCUUUUCAGAGGUGGCCUGAAAGAUAUCAUUAUGCGCUGUUACCGUGGCCUGGUGCCCUGUCCGACAAUCAGGAACCCUCUGGUCAAGAGAUUGAGCAGCAGUCUGAACGCUAUCUCGCCAUGGGGAUCCGCCCCAUCUGGUUGAGGAAUUUUGGAGAGAUACCGCACAUUAUCUCGGAGCUUGAGUAG